GCAAAUUAAAUUUUCAUGAAUAUUGUAGCCCUCGUAUACCUGCUUGAGCAUAUAGAGAUGCUGAUCACCAUUUACAGUUGCUUUACAAGUCUCAUAAUAAUGAUGAAUAAAAAACGCAAGAUGUCGGAAUACUGGUUGAUAUCUGCUCCUGGGGAUAAGACUUGCCAACAGACAUGGGAAACCCUUAACAAUGUAACCAGCAAGCAAAAUAGUUUGUCUAUCAAUUACAAAUUUCAUAUACCCGAUCUGAAAGUGGGUACAUUGGAUCAAUUAGUUGGGCUAUCUGAUGAUUUGGGAAAGUUGGAUAGCUUUGUUGAUCAGGUCACCCAUAAAGUGGCAUCUUACUUGGGUGAGGUACUGGAAGAUCAGCGAGACAAACUGCAAGAGAACUUAAUGGCCAAUAAUGGAGACCUCGCCGUCUACUUAACUCAUUUCCAGUGGGACAUGGCAAAGUAUCCAAUUAAGCAGUCGUUGCGUAAUAUAGCUGACAUAAUUAGUAAACAGGUAGGCCAAAUCGAUGCUGAUCUUAAAACAAAAUCGUCGGUGUACAAUAAUCUUAAGAGCAGCUUACAAAACAUGGAAAAAAAACAGACUGGUAGUUUGUUAACCAGAAACUUGGCUGAUUUAGUACGCAAAGAACAUUUUAUACAAGAUUCUGAGUACCUUACCACAUUGCUUGUUGUAGUACCCAAGUCAGGAUUUUCUGAUUGGAAUCAAAAUUAUGAGAAAUUGACCGAUAUGAUAGUGCCUCGUUCUAGCCAAUUAGUUAGCCAAGACAAUGAUUAUGGUUUGUUUACAGUUACAUUAUUCAAGAAAGUUGCUGAAGAAUUUAAGCACCAUGCAAGGGAAAAAAAAUUUAUUGUACGUGAAUUUACUUACAAUGAGGUUGAACUCGCUGCUGGGAAAAAUGAAAUCUCUAAGUUAGUAACAGACAAGAAAAAGCAAUUUGGUCCUUUGGUACGAUGGUUAAAAGUCAAUUUUAGUGAAUGCUUCUGUGCUUGGAUACAUGUGAAAGCUCUUCGUGUAUUUGUUGAAUCUGUGUUACGAUAUGGCCUACCUGUAAAUUUUCAAGCCAUGUUAUUGCAUCCGAAUAAAAAAAAUACUAAACGGCUGAGAGAUGUUCUGCAUCAAUUAUAUGGUCAUUUGGAUAGUAGUGCUCAACAAGGUGGCGCAUCCGGUGCACAUGAUAGUGUGGAUAUACCUGGACUUGGGUUUGGUCAAGCUGAAUACUUCCCAUAUGUUUAUUACAAAAUUAAUAUAGAUAUGGUUGAUUCAAAAGCGUAAAAUUUAGUUAUGAAUCAAAAUCACCCCAUCGUUUUAUGUUUUAAUAUAAUUUUUUUUUUUUUUUAAUUUGCACAACAUUGAAAUAACCAUAUAAUUGAAUCAUUUUGCUGGUGGAAUUUUCCAUCCAUUUGCUAUCAUUAUUAUAUAUUAGCCUAUACAUUCCUUUUACCAUGCUAUUAAACUUUUAAUUAUUGUUUU